GAAUUCUCCUUCCAACAUAACACCACGACUAUCGGGUUGAAUUCACACUCACCUGCAAACCUCCUCCUCCUCCGAUGCCUAUCAUUCCGUUCUGUGACGGUCUCUCUGCUCCUUCUCGAAUGUGUCGAGGACGACAGCAAGAAUGGAUACAGGUAUUUUGUUGCCAUGCACGUAGUAGGACGUAUGAAUCAACAUACAUAUAUGACAUACGUCUCGCACCACCCCGCACGGCCCAUUAAACCGGACAAUUCUCGGGAAUGACCCCAAUUCAAAUGUUACGACCACGCUUUGAUUAUCGGAAGAUUUCUCCCCUUGCUUCGUCCUAGCUCUUUAAGUAUUUAAGAAAAAGGGAAAUGUCACCCUUUUCAAUCCUUGAACCGUCGAUUCACGUUUCCCGUUUCUUCCCCUCCCUCCUUGACGAAGAAAUUCGAAAAUGGGUACCUCGGAAGUUAAGAAGCUCCCUGAAGGGUUUAUCUGGGGGUUCGCAACUGCUGCAUUCCAAAUCGAAGGUUCAACCUCCAAAGACGGUCGCGGUCCUUCCAUCUGGGACGAGUUCUCUCGAACCCCAGGGAAAAUCAUGGACGGUAAAAGCGGUGAUGUCGCAACGGAUUCGUAUGCUCGAUGGAAUGAGGAUUUGGAUUUGUUAAAAUCAUACGGUGUCAAAUCUUACCGGUUCUCAAUAUCGUGGUCAAGAGUUAUUCCGUUGGGUGGGAGGAAUGAUCCAGUUAAUCCGAAGGGGGUUGAGUUUUAUUCGAAAUUGGUGGAUGGACUAUUGGAGAGGGGGAUUAUGCCGUUCGCGACGCUGUACCACUGGGAUCUCCCGCAAGCUCUACACGACAGAUACGGGGGAUGGUUGAACAAGGAUGAGGUCGUAAAGGAUUAUAAUCGGUAUGCUCGUGUCUGUUUCGAAGCCUUCGGUGAUCGCGUUAAACAUUGGCUCACCAUGAACGAACCCUGGUGUGUCUCUAUUCUCGGGUACGGCCGUGGUGUCUUUGCACCCGGAAGAUCAAGUGAUAGAGAACGGUCACCCGAGGGUGAUUCCGCUACUGAACCUUGGAUUGUUGCACACAGCGUGAUCCUAUCCCAUGCACACGCUGUCAAGCUUUACCGCGAAGAGUUCAAACCAACACAAGGAGGUCAGAUUGGUAUCACGUUGAACGGGGAUUGGCAGAUGCCUUGGGACGAUUCGCCCGAGAAUAUCGCAGCUGCCCAACACGCCCUCGACUUUGCCAUCGGAUGGUUCGCAGAUCCAAUCUACCUUGGAUAUUACCCACCAUACAUGCGUGAGGUUUUGGGUGACCGUAUGCCGGAUUUCACAGCAGAAGAAUGGCAAGUGGUGAAAGGAAGUAGUGAUUUCUAUGGAAUGAAUACCUAUACAACGAAUCUGGCUCGUGCCGGAGGCGACGAUGAGUUCCAAGGAAACGUCGAUUACACCUUCACGAGACCCGAUGGUACACAGUUGGGAACUCAAGCUCAUUGUGCGUGGUUGCAAGAUUACCCGGAAGGGUUUAGGUCGUUGCUUAAUUAUUUGUGGAAGCGCUACAAACUCCCAAUAUUCGUGACCGAAAAUGGGUUCGCUGUCAAAGACGAAGAUACUCUCCCCCUCGACGCGGCAUUGAAAGAUACGGAUAGAGUGAACUAUUUUAGAGGCCAGACGGAGUCAUUAAUGAAAGCCAUAACGGAGGAUGGAGUCGAUGUGAGGGCCUAUUUCCCUUGGAGUCUUUUGGACAACUUCGAAUGGGCCGAUGGCUACGUAACUCGAUUCGGUCUAACAUACGUCGAUUAUAACACUCAGAAGAGGUACCCGAAGGAUUCUGCAAAGUGGCUUGUACAGUGGUUCCGUGAACACACUCAAGAGGAUAGGAAGAAUGAUGUAGUUUCACCCCGGUUACCGCAUCAAGACACGAGUUCAACUCUUAUUUCGACUGCGGCGACGAGAAGUCCUGCUUCGACGGUUAAAACAACACCCUCCAACGGGUCGGAUGGGGAUAUCAAGACUGCUAGUACUGGCGAUGAUGAUAGAAGUGCUCCGGGGAUUGUAGGCAAGAUCAAAGCGGUCUUGUGUUUCUGGAGAUAAUGAGAUGGGGAAAAAAUGCAAAACCGGACCAAGAGAGAAUGGUGGAAUGAUCAUAGCCCCCUCGUACUUUUUUUUUGAACGACUUGAUGUAACGACCCCUCUUGUACAAAAUGUAAUACUAGGUUUAUUUAUUCUUCUUUCUGUUUUUCCCCCUUAAUACCAAUUCCGAUAGUCAAUGCCUUCUUCCCCUUACCUUCCAUAUUCUAACCGGCC